ACUUGCUACUAUCCCAAGCCGGUUGUGACGCUUCUGCCUUAUAUUACUGGCUUUAUACUUUUCUCUUUCUAACUAGCAUAUUGAAAAGAGAUAGCAAUUAUCAUAUCCGGAUCCUUAAUAUAACAACGUCUUUUAGACCAAUCAGAAUGGAGAGUUCUUUUUUCAAAUUAUUUAUGCGUCGUUGUGGACUGACGCAUGUUGUAGCGUUGCUUGUUGAUAUUUUGAAUAUUUAUCUAAUUGUAAUAUUUUGUAGUUAAUAUUGAAUUCUACGUGCUACCGGUACAACGAUUGUGUGUUCCAAUAUUAAAAUUAAUUUUAUAAGUUUAUUUGGUUUUGUGAAUAUGUGUCUAAAGGUAAUAACGAUCUCGUUGCGUGUGGUGGCGUGAUAAUUUUAGCCAUUUAAACAAAUAAGCUGUGCAUCAUUGUAAAUUAUUGAAAAUGUCUACAAGAAGUGGACGUGUUAGGGCUAAUAUAGCCGAUACAAGCCCUUCUCGCCGAAGAAAAGUUGCAUCGCCAUCGCGAUCUCCCGCCAGAAACCGUAAAGAAUUUACAGAGCGUACAACUCGCCAAUCGCCUGCUAGAAAGUCUCCCAGUCGUAAACCUACUUUGAAAUACUCAGCUCGUAAGUCUUCCUCAAAAACAGUUAUAGAGAAAGGCGAAUCAGUUUCCAAGUCUCCCGCAAAGCGCGCACCAAUACAGAAUGCAGAAGUCAAGUUGGAAGACUUCUCUGCUAAUCUGGAAGUUUUUCGUAGUACGCGGUCCAAGCGUAUUGAGUAUACUGUCAAAGAUAUUCCAAUAAAAUCAAUUGAAGAUGAGUUAAAUGGUGUUGAUAGCACAGACUUUAGUGAAUAUAGUUUAAGAGACCGCCGUUCAGUUGAUAUUGCGCCUAGACGAUCGAGUCGGCUAGGUGACUUUCUGGAAAAAGAACCAGACAUAAGAAGAAGUUUAAGUAAAUCCUUAAGCAUUUCAUUAAGCAAGAGUGUAAGCAAAACUAUAGAUACAUUUUCUGAUGAUGAAUCUGAAGUGCUAUUCCGAGGAAAAUCAACAUCUGUUGUAAGAAAAUUAUCUACACCUGUUCCAAGCACAGUUUCAUUGGCACAAGUUAAUAACAAAUUCGAGUUUGGUGGGGUAUUUGGUGCUAUAGCUUUGAUGUUCAUUAUUCCACUAAUUGCAUUUGGGAUUUUAAGCUCAUGUACUAAAAUGUGUUCUCACAAUAUACACUUAGAUUUAACUGAAUAUAAAUUAUGGUUUACUGUGCCCUCAUUGGUGAUUAUUCUUGUUCAAAACAUUUUACAAGCUGUAAUUCAUAUGUUACCGGUGUUUGGAAGUAAACAAGUAGACGGUGUAGGUAAAAAGUUUAGCUUCAACGCUCUUUUCGCAAGUAUAGUUACCCUGACCGUACUGUUUUCUCUGAAUUUCUAUAAAAUAUUUAAUGUUAAUACAAUAUUGGACUCGCACUUACAGCUAGGAGUUGUAUCUUUUUUAAUAGCAGUUGUUUUGUCUGUGUUUCUUUAUUUGAAAGCUAGAAAUAUGAAUGAGAAUGAUUUAAAUCCCUAUGGAAACUCUAAAUAUGCAUUCUACAAUUUUUUUAUUGGUCGAGAAGUCUACCCGCAGAUAAAUAAAUUUAAUAUAAAGUUAUGGACAUAUAGAGUGUGCAAUAUCACCACUCUUACACUAUUGAUUCUUGUAUUAAAACAGAGUUUUCAUGUUGAAGUAAAAAACCUUGAAAACAUAAGUUUGACUAAUUAUCAAGAGAUACUAAGCAAAGUGCAAUACAGGCCAACACUUGCCAUAUUCACCUUGAUGCAAAUAAUGUAUGCUCUUUACUUUGUUAUAUGCGAAUACAAGGUUGUAACUACAUUUUACUGGCAAUACGAGGGCCUGGGUUAUAUGCAGUUAACUGCAACAGCAUUAUACCCAUUUUAUUUUACAAGUAUUUCAAAAUAUGUCGCAGACUCUGGAUUAAGUUUACGUACAAAUACUUUGAUAGCAGCAAGUGCAUUAUUCUUAUUUGGAUUUGUCUUUAUGUUUGUCAGUAACGACAUAAAACACAGGUUCAGGAAAAAUCCACUAGAUCCAACAACAGUUCAUCUCGACUCGAUGCCAACGUUUCACGGUAAGAAGAUUCUUCUCGCCAACUUGUGGGGCUUCGUGCGGCAUCCGAAUUAUUUGGGCGAUAUUAUUAUGCAUUUAGCUUUAGCUUUACCUGGUAUUUUGUCAUCUCGGCCCGUAGCUGCUCUUCCGGCUUUACUUCCGAUAGUGGUUUUGAUACAUCGAGCUUGGCGGGACCAUUGCAGGUGUAGGAGGCGUUAUGGGGCCGCCUGGCAGAGAUAUUGCAAACGAGUACCCUCGUUUUUACUGCCUAAAAUAAUCUAGUAUAUGCUAAUAGGAAAUCGAUUAUUAUUUUGUGAAUUUUGAGUGGUCUUUGUAAAGAAUAUUUUUUGGGUCAAGUUUUAGAAUUAAAUUAAUCCGGGGCCAAAUCACAAACGAAAUGCUAAUCAAUUAAUACUUAAAAUACCGAUUUAUAAACUUUUAUCUUAGGAACUAUAGCAAAAUAUUUUACAGAUUAUAUACAUUUAUUAUAAGUUUACAUUAAAUUGAAGGAAUAUUAUUUAGAUUUUAUUUCAUAAUGUAUAAAAAUAAUAUAGGUAUGAAUUAUUUUUGCCAUUUUGGUACCACCGGUUUAAAUCUGGGUUUAUUUUAGUUUAAAAUGUAUGUUACUUAUGAUUUAGUGAGUAGUUAAUUAAAAUAUAUUAUGUAUUCAAUUAGGCUAAUAGAUUUAUAUAUUAAUAUUUCCGUGAUAAGGCCUAUAGCUUAUUCACGCGGAUAUAUAACGCGAAAAGCACGUUAGUCCAUACAGUUUUAACUGAACAAACAAACUCAAAUUAUUAACAUUGAUAAUUACGACGUAAAAACCAAAUUUUCUCUAAUAUAUUGUACAAUUGUUCAUUUCAUAGUCUAACAGUAAGAGUCGCCCAUUAAAAUAUUGAUAAUUUAUCGAUUGAACAAAUUAAAAUAUAUAUGAUACUAGAUCUGCUUCAUUAAUCAUUUAUUAAUGUUCACUGCACCGAAAUAUUUGUGUUUCCUCAAGAUUUAUAAUGACUGGGUAUUUCAUAUUGUAUAAAUUAGUGCGGAUCGAUUGAGUGUUAUUGUUUUUUUAAUAAAAAUGAGAUCUAAAUCAUUAGUUUUAAGGUUUGCUCAAAUGGUGUCUCACAUAUUUCGACAAAUACCUUGUUGUAUUUUACUUUGUGUAUGAAUUAUGAUAUAUAAGAAUUAACAAUUUGUGCCUCGUAAGCGCUUGAAAAGCAUGUAUAUCGAAUUAAUCUUAAUUUCGGUAAGAAAGUUUUUAUAGGGAUUUAUAUACUGAUAAUAUAAGUAUGUACUUAUAACGAUAUUAAUAUUUGUGAACAAUGCUCAUGUAGUUAACUGUAUAAACAAAAAUAGAUGCCAAAGUCCACAUGAAAAUGGAGUACAAUUAUCUCAAAGUACGUAAGUAGUUUGAAAUUAAAGAAUUUCAGUUUUAGUUUACUAACUAGUUUUUAUACAAUAUUAACUCAGUAAUGUUUAUGUAAUAGUGUGUUUAUUUCCAAUAAAAUAUUUGCCCUU